CAAGUCCCAACAUUUACAUAAACAAUAAUUGAAUUUGAACCAUUUGGGUAUCUAAUCUAGAUAAAUACAUGAACUAUUGAACACCCCUUCUAUACUCAUUCCUCUGACACCUUGUUGGUAACUGUACUCACUCCCAAAACUGCAACACGAUUGUGAUUUUGGCCGCGACAGCCACGUUUAUUUACAGUUUUUUACAACACGAAGAACCGUGACGCGGCCGCAACUGCAAUUUAAAAGCUUGUUGGCAACUAACUAUACAUUAUAUAGUUAAAUUCAGUUUAAAAUCAGACACCAGUUCAAUGAUGAGUGAAAUGAAAGGUGCUGCAAGUGCAUUGGGAGCCAAAACAGCAAGAGCUUGUGAUAGCUGCUUAAAGGUGAGAGCAAGGUGGUAUUGUGCUGCUGAUGAUGCUUUCCUCUGCCAUGGCUGUGAUAACUCUGUUCACUCUGCAAACCAAUUAGCUAGCAGGCAUGAAAGGGUGAGGCUUCAAUCUGCUUCAUCAUCUAAGGUGAAGAAAUCGUCACAGGCUCAGGCAUGGCACAGUGGCUUCACACGCAAGGCAAGAACCCCACGUCACAACAACAAGCACCAACAACAAAGACUCAAAAAUGAUCAACAAGUGCUUUUCAAUAAUAACACAUUUUUUCCUCUUGUGCCUGAGUUAGGAAGUGAAGAAACUCUGCUUCAUGAUGAGACUGAUGAGGAGCUUCUAUGUCUUGUGCCUGUGUUUGAUGGAUUUGAUGAAGGGCUUUGCAGUAUAUACAAAGAUGUGAAGGAUGAGAGGCUGGAAAACACCACCAUAAAAAGUGAUGUUGGUGGUGGUGGUGAUGGUGAAGAAAAAGCCUUUGACUUGGAGAAUUUUUCCUCCCAUUUUCUCCCAUCAGAUAUGGAUCUUGCUGAGUUUGCUGCUGAUGUGGAAAGCUUGCUUGGUGAAGAUUCAUUGAAGGGAUCAGAACUGGUUAAUUGCAAAGAUGAACUUGGAGGUGCAAUGGUGAAGGUUAAGGAUGAAGAAUUGGAUGCUGAUGUGGCUUGUCAUUUGGAUUCAAUACUUGAAAUGAAUAGUAGUGAGGUUUUUGAUUGGAAUUUUGAAUCAGAAUCACUGGUAGCAGCUGAAGAGGAGGAAAAAGUGGCGGUUCCAUUGGUGGAAAGUCGCGGUGCUAAGAAGAAGAUAUUUUUGAGGCUAAACUAUGAGGAAGUGAUUGCUGCUUGGGAUAGCCAAGGUUCUCCAUGGACAACACCAACCCCACCUCAGUUCAACUCUGAUGAUUGCUGGCCAGACUUUUUGGGUUCGAGCGGCGCAAAUGUCCAAUGCUGCUAUGGGGAAGUAAGGAGCUUAACGGGGCAGGCAAUAGGGGGUGGUGUAGAUGGAGGAAGAGAAGCAAGAGUCUCACGGUACCGAGAGAAGAGAAGAACACGUUUAUUUGCCAAGAAGAUAAGGUAUGAAGUAAGGAAGUUGAACGCAGAGAAAAGACCAAGAAUGAAAGGUCGAUUUGUCAAGAGGACUUAAUUCCUUUGUUGGAGCCACUACAACUGCUUUUCAAGCUCAAUAACCACUCACAUCAAAGUGAUCACUUUUCCUAGAAAUUAGUGCAUCUUCGGAGAGUCUUCUACAAUUGAUUUUGAAGCCAAAAUCAAUGGUAGGAAAGAGCUUUGAUGAGUAGUUUCCGAGUUUUUGAAUUGAUUCUGAUGGAAGCUUAUCUUGGAUUACUUUGGUGUUACCAUGUAUAGCCUCCAUAAAGUGCAUGUGACAUCAAGCUUCAAAGUGAUUCACUUUUCCGAGAAACUCUUCUCAAAUUAAUUCUGAAGCCAGAAUCAAUUAUGGAAGAAGCUUUUGUAAGUAGUUUCAUAGUCCAAGCUUCUCUUGGAUUACUUUGGUGUUGUCAUGUAUAGCCUGUACUAAAGUAACAUUAACCUGCUAGGUCAGGUUUCUCUCGCUUGGGAUAUUUUUUUGACUUUCUCUAGCAGGUUUUAUUUAGUACUAAUGGAAGUGGCAGUCCUUCUCAGCAUUUGGGUAAUCAAAUUUCAAAAGGCUUUCACAA